CAGGGCGGACUCGAGCUGCUUUUGGAGGCGUUGGUUUCUGUUUCUGUCUAUCUUACGCACUAUCUCCGCCCUCAAGAGAGAGACUUCUCCGUUAACCAAGCACCUUUUUUCACGCACAUGAAAAUUAGGUGUGACGGACUGCAGGAGCGCAAAAGACACGGCGUUAAAAUAGCACCGGAUUCCCCUUAAUCGGUAUGAAUCUCUGGAUUGUGGGGACGUCUUUAUGCCAAGCAGGGUGAACUACAGCCGCUUUCCAAGAUUAAUUCAUCCGAGCUAGAAGCAAGGAGCAAAUCAAAAAAAUGUGCACGAAUCAGAUGUUCAGAUGCUGCUGCACAUCAUCGGGAUUUCACCAGUAAACACCUUUGGAAUCUCGAUUUUUUAUUCUUUUGUGGGUUUAGUGCCCACAAUGUGCAGUACGUGUGUGUGCUCGGAGUUGGCAUAGCCCACAGGCAUCACCUUAAUAAUUAUCCUCAUUUCAAAAUCGGCAAUCAGCGUGAUUCGUGUGCAGCAGUUGUAACCAUGCAGUAUCUGUGUUGCGUUGUUCUAUCUAUGUAGAGUGUUUUAAAUGUAAAUGUAAACGAUGCAUGGUUAACUAAUUGGCUUUGUGGAUCGUUAGCCCAAACGCGCGUAUAGGACUACGUAUCAUUCCCACAUAAUAAAGCGACGCAGGGGCUGUUUGAAGUCACAUGUGCCCAGAAUAAACAAUUAAGAUGACAAAAACCGUCCUCAGAAGAGAUUCUCUUUAUUACCGAGGAAGCUGCAUUGGUAUUACAUCUCAGUUCCUGUAUUGCAAUAGAGUUGGAGGACAGGGAGCAGAGGAAGAGGAGAGGGAGGAGAAGAAGCAGAGGAGAGCUGCUGAGCUGCACAACAGAGCCACUGCUGAUAGGCACGCUUUGGCUUCAGUGAUGGAUUGAGCUAAAGGUGAUGGGACACCGUGUGACAGCCAGCUUCACGUUUUCCUCAAGAGCCUUCACACUUGACAACUGCAAGGAUGGGCACACUGCAGCAUAGGUGAGAACAAGAGGAGCUGCCCACACUGAACACAUCAAAUUGGCCUAACGAUUGACAUACAACUAUCUCUCAAAGAGGACAACACCUGGCCGUUAAUUUGGAAACAGUCUCUCAGGUCUGCACAUACUGAUUCUACCUUUGUCCCAAAAAGCAAGUAAACCUGGAACUUCAGCCCCUUCCCAAGUGCCCCGGAAACCCACUGGAGUCUGUCUGCAACCACAGAUGUAACUAGCUGUCAAGAUUUCUUCACCAGGAAGUCCUGUGAUUUUGGACCAAUCUCGCAGGGCAAGUUUUGCCUCUGUAAGACAGUCAAGCAUGGAGACCCCUCCCAAUGCCACCCCACAGCCCUUUAGACAGCCGAGUUUUCUCAAUCGAAGGCUGAAGGGCUCCAUCAAGAGGGCCAAAAGUCAGCCCAAACUUGACCGGACCAGCAGCUUCAGACAAAUGAUUUUGCCCCGGUUUCGAAGUGCUGACCAAGAGAGGACACGCUUGAUGCAGAGCUUCAAAGAAUCCCACUCCCAUGAAUCCCUGCUUUCUCCUAGCAGUGCUGCAGAGGCUUUGGACCUAGUUUUGGAUGAAGAUGCCAUAAUCAAACCUGUCCACUCUAGCAUUUUAGGACAAGAGUACUGCUUUGAGGUGACCACCAAUUCAGGGACAAAAUGUUUUGCCUGCCGUUCAGCUUCUGAGAGAGACAAGUGGAUUGAAAAUCUGCAACGCGCUGUUAAACCUAACAAGGACAACAGCAGACGAGUGGAAAAUGUGCUCAAGUUGUGGAUCAUUGAAGCUCGAGACCUUCCAGCUAAGAAACGCUACUAUUGUGAGCUGUGUCUCGAUGACAUGCUGUACGCGCGCACCACAAGCAAACCUCGGACUGACACCGUCUUCUGGGGCGAGCAUUUUGAAUUUAACAAUUUGCCUACCAUUCGUAGCCUUCGUUUGCACCUCUACAAGGAAACUGACAAAAAAAGACGCAAGGAGAAAAGCACAUAUCUUGGCCUUGUCAGCAUCCCCAUCUCCAGCAUCACUGGGCGGCAGUUUGUCGAGCAGUGGUACCCGGUGGUACAGUCCAGUGUCUUGGCCAAAAGCGGUGGUGUUGGAAGUACCAAAGUGAUCAACGCCUCCCUACGUGUCAAGUCUCGCUACCAGACAAUGAACAUCCUUCCAAUGGAGCUGUACAAGGAGUUUGCUGAGUACAUUACCAACAACUACCGAACACUGUGUGCAGUUCUGGAGCCGCUGUUGAGUGUGAAAAGCAAAGAGGAGGUGGCGUUCGCUCUGGUGCACAUCCUGCAAAGCACAGGAAAGACAAAGGAGUUCCUGUCUGACAUGGCAAUGUGUGAGGUGGAUCGGUUCAUGGACCGUGAGCACUUAAUCUUUCGUGAGAACACGCUAGCUACAAAGGCUGUGGAAGAAUACCUCAAACUGAUAGGUCACAGAUACCUCAAGGAUGCUAUAGGCGACUUCAUUCGAGCCUUAUAUGAGUCUGAGGAAAACUGUGAGGUGGAUCCCAUGCGUGUCCCGCCAUCAGUCCUCGCUGACCAUCAAGCCAACCUACGAAUGUGUUGUGAGCUGUUACUCUGCAAGAUCAUCAACUCUCUCUGCAUAUUUCCCCGGGAGCUGAAGGAAGUUUUUGCCUCGUGGAGAGCCAGAUGUGCUGAGCGUGGAAGGGAGGAUCUCGCCGACAGCCUCAUCAGCUCCUCCCUUUUUCUUCGCUUCAUGUGCCCGGCCAUCAUGUCCCCCUCCCUGUUCAACCUAAUGCAGGAGUACCCCGCUGAGCGCACGUCCCGCACACUCACGCUCAUAGCCAAGGUGAUGCAGAACCUGGCCAGCUUCAGCAAAUUUGGACCUAAAGAGGAAUACAUGUAUUUCAUGAACGAGUUCCUGGAGAUGGAGUGGGGCUCCAUGCAGCAGUUUCUCUAUGAGAUUUCCAACAUGGACGCCGGAGGAAACGCUGGAGGGUUUGAGGGCUACAUUGACCUCGGCAGAGAAUUGUCCAUGCUCCACAGCUUGCUGUGGGAAGUCAUGGGCCAGCUUAGCAAGGAUGCUAUUCUUAAACUCGGACCCCUACCACGGUUGCUGAAUGACAUCAGCGUUGCCCUUAGGAACCCGCAGCUGCACAUGCCUACAAAUCACCAACCGGACCGACCGAAGGACAGACUCUUCUCGCGACCAUCUUUCAAUCGUCUCAUGUCCUCUGACUUCCAAAGCCUUAUGAUGCGUGACUUAAACAGUUCAAUAGACAUCUCUCGCCUCCCAUCCCCUACGACUGGAAUCUCGGCUGUAGAAUCCCUCUCAUCGAAUCUGAACAUGAGGCGUCAUGCAGAACGAGACCUCCGCUCGUCGAGGGAAGUGUUCUACGUGACCCGUCCACCGCUGGCUCGAUCCAGUCCUGCAUACUGCACAAGCAGCUCGGACAUCACUGAACCAGAUCCAAAGGUCCAUAGUGUGAACAAAAGUGUGUCCAUGAUGGAUCUUCAGGACUCCCGAAUGAACAGCAUUUCCAACCUGAACUCUGUGGGAGACAUGCUCACCUCCUCUCAAGCCUCCAUCGCCGGCCUGGGCCACAGCUUUGGGAACCUUUGUGGUCCUCUUCGUGUGGGGGGGCAUAUGCCAGCAGGCUCCGCUGGCUCAGGUUUGAGGCUGAGCCAGAUGGGCCACAUAGGGGGGCCCACCGAAUCCAUCUCUCAGCAGCAGCAGCAGGCAGCAGCGGCCAUGCACUUCCCCCUUUCUUUCCAGAACCCGCUAUUCCAUCUGGCUGCCCAAAACUCCCCAGCUCAGUCUCAAUCUCAGCCUCAUCCCCCUCCUCUCCUCCUCGCCCCCGAGCCUGAGAAUGGCCACCACGACUACGCACCGGCCUUUGGCAACAGUGCUUUCUCUCGCAGCGAAGACUUGUCCGCCCUGCGAUCACAGAGCAGUCUGGUGCAGCCCAGCAUUGUCCACUCACACAGUUACAGUGAUGAUUUCACCCGGCAGAAUCAGAGCAAUGACUACGCUUGGCACCAGCUGUCACUGCAGGUGCAGGAGUCUCUCCAGCAGCAGCACCUGAUGGGAGUUGUAUCUCAGACAGCCACUGGGACAGGCACCCCUGCCUCCUUGGCCACACCACCUACUACAGUGCACCCAAGCCGCCAGUCAUCCAUGGCUCAUCCACAACAUCUCAAGUCACAGCGAUCCAUUAACACUCCAGCCACUGCCACGCCACCAAAGGUUCGCCCACAGAGCAGGAACCUCCUCCUCGACUCUUCUGACACAAACUUCAGCGGCAGUCAGCCAAAAUCGCGCCAUUCUCAGCAGCCGCCACAACAUCAGCAGCAACAACAACAACAACUCCAACAACAACAACUCCAACAACAACUCCAACAGCAGCAACAUCAGCAGCAACAACUUCAGCAACACCAACAGCAGCAACACCAGCAACAGCAACAGCAGCAACACCAACAGCAGCAACAUCAACAGCAGCAACAUCAACAGCAACAACAUCAACAGCAACUUCAGCAGCAACAACAGGAAUCCCAGCUGUCUGUGACAGACAGUCCAGCUCCUGGACUCCCGUACCAGACGAGUUCCGCUAAAGAGAACCCGGGCCCACAGGCAGCUGCAGAGGAGUCAACAGACACGCCCACAAAAAGCACAAAGAAGUCUCAACCGACACAACUGCAGCCUCCACAGCAGCAUCUGCUCAAACCAGGCAAUAAACAGGGGUCUCCAUCGACCCUGAGCACCCCGGCCCUCAAUGAACGGACAGUCGCCUGGGUGUCCAACAUGCCACAUCUCUCUGCUGACAUAGAAAGCCUGCGGCCAGACCGUGAGGGUCAGCUGAAAGAGUACUCCAAGAGCAUGGAUGAGUCACGAUUAGAGAGGGUAAAAGAGUACGAAGAAGAGAUAUAUUCCUUGAAGGAACGGCUGAAGAUGUCUCAUCGCAAGCUUGAAGAAUAUGAGCAGAGACUUGUGUCGCAGGAACAGCAGACAAGCAAGAUCCUAAUGCAGUAUCAGAACCGCCUGGAAGACAGUGAGCGCCGUCUAAAGCAGCAGCAAGUUGAAAAGGACUCACAAAUUAAAGGCAUCAUCAACAGACUCAUGGCUGUGGAAGAUGAGCUGAGAGGGGGUGCCAUACCUGAUAUUAAGCCUCGAAUCCUCACAGACCAGUCUUUCAACCAGGGCUAUGGCCACCCCGGAUCCUGACUGUCAAUUCCAAAGUGACCAGAGUUCAUGAUGGUCACUCGCGUGUAAGAAGAUUGAUUCAGAUACUACAAAACCCAUGAGGAGAAGCUCUGCAGUGGAUCCAGCAGGACCACUGGAGGCUUAUCUCUCAACUUUCUUAAAAGAAACUUUGCACAUAUUCAAACUUUGCCUGUACCAGAACUUGACAAUCAGUUUAGCGUGAGGACCAAUGUGUGCAGUGAAUCGUCUGCACAUUUUGACUGAAAUGUAAGCCAAUGCCACAACAAUGGCAAUACUGAACCUAAUGAGUUUCUUUAUUUAAUAGGAAGAAGUGAGAAGACGUGUUUUAACACUGGGCUUGACGAUGGAUUCAUGAGUUACCCCCAUGACAAGCAGCACAAUCGCUUCUCACUUAAGCGGCUGCAGACAAAAUCUAGAAAAGGCUUUUACAAGCACAAUAUCCCCUCAUGGUGACGCCUUUGACAAGCAACAAGCGUGUUGUAAAUCAGUGACCAUCUAUGAUCCUCGGGUGCAGAACCCAAACAAAGACCCAUAUUACUAUUUGAUUCUGAAUGAAUCAUUUAGUAACAUAUUCUCUUUGCAAAGGUAUUUUUACUUACAAAAGUUGGUUAUCAUUUUGAUUCAUGCAUCCUUUAUAGGACAGCCAUCCCAUCUGAAUACAUGCCAAACAAAUAUUACAAUCAACUAACUGCUUUAAAUACAAUCUAAACCUUCUCAUCAGUUGAUUUUCCUAUGGCACUCAGCGUAAAGCCACAACAAUCUCUUGACUUUCAGUAUAUAGAAGAAGUAUUUCUUAAAACUACUUUAAAUACUUCACAUAAGUAAUCUGACAUCAUAAUGUGUUUUGUUCACUUUGUAAUAAUAAUAUUAAUCAUAAUAAAGAAUAUACUGUAUGACAUUUCAAAGUGGUGAUACAAAGUACUUUUAAAAAGACGUUUUAAAAAAGCUACAAGAGAAAAAUCUCAUCUAAGCAAAUAUUGAAUUUAAAGGGGAACUCAACCGAUUUUUUUCUGCGUACAGUACAUGUACUACGGUACUAUAGCCUAUGAAAACCGUUCUAUUUCUCAGCCUGGGCCUGGAGUCUCCAAAUUCAUAACACACAGUUUUUGUUACAAACACGGGGGGGUGGGAAUUUGACAGACAUGGGCAUUAACCAGGGAGGGAUGAAAAGAUGCAAUUGGUUGCAUUAUGAGAAAUGUAGGGUCGAGCAUAAGGUUCUAUUUACACCUGGUAUAACCGUGUGAUCUCUAUCAGGAUAAAUUGUCUGGAUAAUGGCAUCACAUGGGCCAUUGCAUUUACACCUGGGACGCUAAGACAUGCCAUGAACGGGUGUUAUUAAUUUACUAUGUGCACGGGAAAACUCAAAAGCUACUCCUACAGACCGCAUGUUUAUUCCAGGUGUAAAUGGUAUCCAAGAGCCUGGAUAUCUUGGGUAUAUCUCAGCUGCUUUCAUUUUUUAUAAUCUGUCUCUUACAGUACAAACCUCUAAUGCCAUUUUUCCACUGCAUGAUAUGGCUCCACACCGUCUAUUUGGGGUUUACAUUUGCAAAGGUAGUGGAUAGUAUCUGGUACUUUUUCUUUGGUGCUGCAGACCACUAUCUGGUCAGAGAGAACCGUCACUAGCGUGACACAGGGAAUCCUGCACAAACCCCUGAAUUUUAAAUAGCCAAGCUACUGUCAACAGCAACUGCAUUUUUUUUACACUUGACCCAGA